GCCAGCCCAGACCGCGCGUGCGCCGUUGUGGCUGAUGCUGGGGUGGCGCGGUGAUGGAACCUUGCGAGCUGCAGAACGAGCUCGUGUCAGCCGAGGGCCGGAACCGGAAGGCGGUGCUGUGCCAGCGUUGCGGCUCUCGGGUGCUGCAGCCAGGGACUGCUCUUUUCUCUCGCCGGCAGCUUUUCCUCCCCUCCAUGAGAAAGAAGCCAGAUCUGGCCGACGGCAGCAAUCCCGAUGGAGAUCUCCUGCAGGAGCACUGGCUGGUUACUGACAUGUUCACCUUUGAGAACGUGGGCUUCACCAAGGACGUGGGCAACAUCAAGUUUCUGGUCUGUGCCGACUGUGAGAUUGGACCCAUUGGCUGGCAUUGCCUAGAUGACAAGAACAGCUUCUAUGUGGCCUUGGAACGAGUUUCCCACGAGUAACUGAGGGGAUGGGGACUUGGCUCCACCCUAGCUAUAAAGUUCUCCCCACAAGAACCGCCACUGGGCCUGGCGCGUCAGCUGUGCCCGCAGACUUCUCAGUACUAACAUAAAUGAUGAGCGCUGGUGUUUGCCCUUGAGCCUGCAGAGGGCCGGUCCUGCCUCAGUCGGGCCUCAGCAUGCCUCCCACUUAGUCCUCUCCGUCACCUGUGUCCCAACGCCCUGCCCCCUGUUUUGGAACAUGGAAGAACAUGCAAGUACUCUGCCAGUGCCGUCCGCCUCCACACCUUGGCCCAGGGCUUUCUUCCUCUCAGCAAGAGCAGCGUUCAUCUUUUUAGCCAUGACGACAGGAAAUAAGGCGCUCACUCGCUACUAGUUGGAACUCCACCUUUUCUCCUUCUAGAAGCUGAGUGUGACAGGGUGUACAUCUGUCAUCCUAGCUCUUGGGAGGUAGAGGCAGAAAGGUCAGGAGUUCAAGGCCAGCCUCAGCUACAUAGCCUGGGCCAGGUGAGACAUUGUCUCAAAAAAACAUAAAGCGUACAAGUAUUUGAGAGUAACUUCAUUGUAUGUGACCUACUGGUCUACAGUAAUUUAUUCUUUUUAAAAGUAAAAAGUAAAACAUUUACAAAUGUCAGUAUUUAAACCUAUUGAGAACAUAUUACUUUAGACACGUUUUCAAUUCUGUGCUUCAGAGCCUUUCUUCUGGGUUGAUGGUGGCAUUUUAUAGUGAAGGUACACAUGAUCCUGCUUCCCUCAGAUCUUGACCAGCUUUCUCUUUUUAUUAGCUCCCUGCGACUUCAGUCUGUGUUGUCAACCCUCGGGGAAACUCAGCCCUAGCUGUGUGCCAGGCUCUCUUGGCAGAAUCAAUAGAGAGUGUCGGACAUACAAGAGGCCGGCCUUAGACACAUCACACCCGGGCUGUUAGGAAGGACUCCUUUAAUAGCACUGCCGCCUUUCAUUAAAUAUGGGUUGCACCGUCCUUGGGAUUUUGGUUCACUUCAAAUGUCUAUACCGACCUGGGAUGCAAACCUUUUCCACUGAGAUUUCUAUUGUUACGGGCUUGGUGUCGCCCUUUUCUUUUCUUUUCUUUUCUUUUUCCUUUUCUUUUUUUCUUUGUUUGUUUGUUUGUUUUUUUGUUUUCGAGAAAGGGUUUCUCUAUGUAGCCUGACUGUCCUGGAACUCAGUCAAGCUGGCCUUGAACUCAGAAAUCUGGUGUCACCUUUUCUUAUUAGCCAACUUAAAUCUUCAACAUGAUUUCCAGUUGCUUUGUCAUUUCUCUUCUGGAGUGACUCAUAGCUUAAAAGGACUCUGUAUAAACAGUUUUUUGUCAUCCCUUCCUCUGGGGGCCUAAAUUGAGAUAAGUAGAGAUCUCGUUAUUCCUCCUAAGGCCAGGGCUUAGGAAGUGGGGGCAGAUCAAGAGUUCAAGGUUGGCUUCAGUGACAUUGAAUUCAAGGCUGGCCUGUACCACAUGAGAUCUUGUUUCAAAUGAACAAACACAAAAAGGAACAAGUAGGUACUGGAAAAAUGACUCACAGUUAAGAAUGUUUGCUGCUCUUUCAGAGGACCUGAGUUCAAUCCCUGGCACCCCGUGGGAGGCUCACAGCUGCCUGUGACUCCAGUCCAAGGACGUCUGCUCCUUCUCUCCAUACAGCUGCCUGCCCAUGCGUGGCACACAGACAGACAGACAGGCAGGCACACAAUACAAAUAGGCAAAUAAAACUUUUACAGAUAAAACAAAAGUUUCUUCCUUGGCACCUGUUUUCUGGGUGUUCUUCCCUCGCUGAAGCUUUUGAAGGGCUCCCUCUUAGCCGCGCCCUGGCACAGUUUCACCAGCACCCUGCUCACUUUCCUCCCCACCCAGAGUCUGAGGGGGCUCUAAGCAGCAAAGGAGAGACCACGGUUUCCAGCAAACAGGCAAGCACUCCAAGUGUGGGGUUUGCAGGAGGACACCUGAGACGACCCACCCAUCAGAAGGAACAACCAAGGAGCCUCUGGGACACAUAACCACUCACUUCACAAGUCAAACUGGGCUUUCGAUUCUGCCCCCUUUUAAAAUCACAGAAAUAAUACGUUCGUUGUAUGUCAGUGAAAGAAUCAUUAUUAAGUUCUAAUUAACUCACAGUUCCAUUGGCCAGAGCUUGCCAGUGGUAAUGUGUAUAUCAUCUUUUGUGAAUAUAUGCAAAUGUAGUUUUCAAAGCAAACAUGAGAUCAUACUGUACUCUUUUAUACUCUCUUCCUUGUCAGUACACCCAGCCGUGCACACUAUUGCCACUGUUCCAUUGUGGUGCUGACCGAUGCUGUCAAUGAUCCCCUGUUGUGUUGCCUUCAGUUGCUCAUAACAAUGACAUAGCAGAGCCUGGAGAGAUGGCUCAGCGGUUAAGAACACCGACUGCUCGUCCAGAGUUCCUGAGUUCAAUUCCCAGCAACCACAUGGUGGCUCACAACCAUCUGUAGUGGGUUCUGAUGCCCUCUUCUGGUGUUUCUGAAGACAGCAACUGUGUACCCACACACAUAAAAAAUAAAUCUUUAAAAAAAAAAAAGAUGACAUAGCAAGGGUACUUAACCGUGCAUCUGUCCCUGGUUCCUUGGCUUGCGUCACAGAAGCAGAAUUGCAGGGUGGCCAUGCUGUCACAGCUUUGCUCUAUGGACACAUUCUUCAAAGCAAACCUGCUGCAAAGUGUCCCCCCACAGCAGAGUGAAAGUGCAUUCAUUUUCUCCCCUGCUAUUAACCGUUGGGUGUUUUUAUCAUUAAAAAACAUUUGCCACUUUAAAGUGUCUUAUUGUUUUAUGUGCACUUCUGGUAAAAAUUUUCUAUUUCUGCUGGCCACAUUCUUUGUUUAGAGGACGGUGGGGGAAGGUUGUUUGAGACAGGUUCUCCCUAAGUAGGCUUGGCCAGCCUGGAAUUUGCUAUAUAGACCAAGCUGGCCUUGAACUCCGCUUGUUUCCUUUUUUGAGAACUGCCAAACAUUGUUGACUCAGUGACCAAAAAGCAACAACAACAACAAAAAACCCAUAACUACUGUUCUGCCAUUUCAGUUUUCUGUGAAUGAAAUAAAGUUGUUUUGACAGUGA